GUUAGGUUGGCAGACUGCUUGAAAAUGGCUAACGCCAAGAAUCGCGAUUUUUUGUUUGGGAAACGUGCGUCUUAAAAAAACAGAUUUUGUACAUUAGCAAAGCAGCAAAUAACAUUAUUUUAUGAAAAAUAUUAAUAUUAAAGACUAGUUGAUACUUCUGUGUAUUAUAGACGCUGUAAAAAAGGUAUAGACCGAUAAUACGGAACACAAAUUUUUGCAAUUAGAAGCAAAUUUACGAAGUGAAUUUUGUUGGUUGUGUGCCUCUCAGCCACAGUUGUGGUCGUCAUUGGUUGGUCGGCUCUGCGAACGCUGGCGAGUGGCAGCAGGAUUUCACAAAGUGAGUUUUGCAUUGUGUUCUAAGUGUGUUUAACAAGUUAUAAUAUUUUGUUAUACUGUUUUUAAAUUGCUUAGACGUGAAAAAUAAUUACAUAUUAUAUAUAAUAAAAAGGGGCGGUGGUGUGAUCGUCAUUAUUCGUUGGGCUUAUCAUAAAACUGCAUCAAUGAAUUUGUUCAACAUUUUUUGAAUAUAUCUUCUAAUUUUUAUGAAAGUCAAAGCAAUUGACUUUAAAUUAAAUAUUAAAUUUUUUUUUUGAGUUUGGACUUGUAACCAAAUGUGAGAUUUUUUACGUUUUCUCAUAGUUUAAACUUUAUCGGACAAAACUGCAUACGAUUGUGGAUUGUCGCAAUUUAUUACCCAAUCCAACCAGAUUUAUUAUACAAAGAAAUGUUGAGAUCAUAAAAUACCAUGGAAACCUCCAACGAACAAGUGGACAGUAUUGACUCUAAAGUGGAAUCAACACUAGAAACGACAAGCAGUCAAUUUAUAGAAGAUAAAAAUCAGCAGGAUGCAAAUAUAAUUAAAGAUAUAAAAACUGAAUCCUCAAUAAUCUGUUAUGAUAAUGAUAUAAAUAAUACGCCGUAUAACACAUGUAAUGAUAGGAGGAACAAGUGCGAUUUAUUAGAGAACGAGGAUGCAAACAUAGUGAUAAAGGAUAAAAUAAACGCAGAUGUUACAGGGUUUGGAACUUCAACAAACCAACAAAAGGACUUAAAUGCUCCAGAUUACGAUGAAAAGUGUGUUGUGUCACCCCCAACAAAAUGUCAAGCGUAUUGUCCUCAUGAUUCCAUAGAACGAGAGGAUUCACCAAAAAAUAAUUUUGUUGAAACUCGUAAAGAAGAAAAAAUUCCUACUGAAGAAAUCGUGCAUGAAUUACCAGUACAAGAAGAAAAAGAUUCUAAAACUGCGGCUGCCGAAAUUUCUCAACAAAAUUAUGAAAAUACACUAAGAUGCCAGAAACAAGAUUUCAUUAGUGAAGUUAUAGAAAAAAAUGUUGACUUCCAACAUGACGACCCUGAAGAUAGCACGGACAGCAAUAUUGUGAAAAACCGUGCAGAGGAGCAAGAGAAUAAAAUUGUUGCAGAAGUCGAAAAUACCGAUGUAGAUAAGGUAAACAACUUUGGGCUGAAUCAGGAAAGUUUGCAGAAAGGUAUUAUUAACCAGGCAACCGAAAAUAUUGCAACAAACGAAGAUGAUUCCUUUCAAAGUAUUGCUACAAGUGAAAGUAAUGCCAAACAGACUUUAUUACCAGGCAACCCAAAUGUUGAUUAUUCCGUUGAAAAACCACUAACAAAUAGGAAAUCCGCAAAAGAUGGCGAUUUAAUUGAUAUAAAUGAGGAUAAUAGCCAAAAUUGCUCUCGCAUUGAGAUUUUAAAAAACAACCACAAUGAAGAUGAGAAUAGAAUUAAACUUGAUUAUGAAGGUUCCAACCUCACUACAAAUGAGGAGAGUAACGAACGCAUUUGUAAAGAAAAUAAAGGAAUUAAAAUAUAUAAUGAUGAACGUGAACAACCACUUGAAAACGUAUCUAUUCAGGAUAAUAUCAAAUACCUCGAAAUAAAUCAAGAGGUAAUGGAAAAUACUCAAAGUAACGAAGUGUUGUUGACAAAUGAAAAAGAAACAUCAUUAGAUUCCAAAAGUUGUAUACAAGAAAAUAAGGUACAAACACCAUUAAAGUUGAAUGGUGACCAUAAAAUAACUGCUGUGCCGAUAUGGGAUUCUCAAAUUGAUAAUAGCACAGAACUUGACAAACAAUUGGAAGCAAAAAGGCCAGAAAUAAACGAUAAAGAGCAACUAAAAGUAGUAGAACUUGAAGACUUCGAAAAGUUUAAUAGUGAGCCAUGUAUGUCUUAUGCAUUUGAAAAUAAAGUAGACUAUGGUGGGGAUUUAGAUAUUGAUAAUAAACUUGACAAAACGGGAGUAUCUAAUCAUUCAAUGAGUGCAGAAAGUCCACAAAGCAAAGUUAAUUGCGACGAUGAAAACAGUCACUGUUCAUCUCUAGCGUCCAUUGAAUCUAAUUCUACGACUACGUCAUCCUCGCAUCAACUUGUAAUCGAUCAACCUAUGGAUGAAUCGGAAGCGGGUAUGUCAGCUGCAAGUACUGGAUAUUGUCAAAUAAAUUCAUUAAUACAGUUACACGACAAGUCGGAAAAGGUAAAUACUUUAAAACCAUCAUUGAAGAGAAAAUUAAGUACUUCAAAUGAAAAUGGAUCCUCACCCCUGCUUAAACAGCCACAUAUAGAUAUACAAUUAAAUGACAACGAAAACAGCAGAUAUUUCUGUGAUAAAGAUCAGACUGAGGCAAUGUCUGAACUCAUUACAGAAGAACGGAAGUCAGUACAGUUUUCAGACAUCACCCAUAAAGUUGAUGCUAAACAUGCUCCAUUAAAAUCAUUACUCUUACAGCACUUACAAAAAACAUAUUCACCUCCGGAACCUACUGAAAAGUUAACAGAUUAUCCGGCUCCACUUCCGCGUUUCACACAACAACUGGACACAAUAUCAUUUGAUGACAUUUCCCCGAAGUUUCCUGCUACUAUUUUAAACCCCAACGGAAAUAUAUCUACCGCCACUAAGUAUUUGUGCUUUAAAUGUAAAGUUGGAAGUUUUGUUUCAUUUGCGGCACUAAACGAACAUCAGCGAGAAUGCCUGGCGGAUACACGGCUGUUACCAGCAAGAUUAAAUGAAAAUGCCAGUCUAUUGCCUCUUUCAUUAGCCCCAGAACUUGCCACGCCUCCUUCCUCGGCAUCUCCAGAUGCUACAGUAGAUAUGGCUGCAAGAAAUGCUGAAAUACAAACACCAAUUUCAUCAUUUAUACCGCCUUUUGUACCAGACGCAGCAACUCAGAAGAAGCGAUAUUACAAGUGUUCCAGUUGUAAUACAUUUCACGAAAAUUGGAAUCUGUUUUUACAUAUUCGAGACAAACACCAGCGACAUAUGUGUCUGUACUGUAUACGUUUCUUUCCGACAGCAGAGAAGCUUUCAGUACAUUUGGAAAUAAAACACGAUCUUGAACAAAACCAUUUUAAUUCAGAGGAGGCGCUAAGGAAAAGUGUUUCAAUGGUAGGCGGAACGCCUAGUGAGUCGCGGUUCCUAAUGUGCUGCACGUGUCAACAUUUGUUUGAAGAAACUCAACCUUUCUCUGAUCAUAAUUGUGCAGAAUUCAUGAAACCCUGUACACUAUGUGGACAGAAAGGUCGACACAGCAAUCAGUGUAAAGCUCAUCCGGACGCCAAACGUACUUCGAAGUCAAAGAAACGAUUAAAGAAAUCUAUUAGUGAAGCUACGCAGUCCGAUCCAUCUAGAAAUCACAAAUUAAUGCCAUCAAUACCGCUUGCUGGUAGAAAUACAAAUGUAGCUUCCUUACACUGUGAUAACAACCAGAGCAGUCAGGCCACGAAGGAGAUACCUAGACAAAGAUCUGAUAUAUUAAAGCAUAGUGAAGAUAGUAAUAGCAGUAGCAAUAUGGUCAUCGAUGAAUCCUGCACAACAACACACAAUUCACUUGUAAACCCUUUUAAGGAACUGGAUGAACGUUGGCGCCUUGAGCAGCAAGCACAAAAUAAAAAUGAAAUUAAUCUAUUCUCUGUUAGAAAUACGUCACCAGUCGAGCCCAAAUUAAUAGUGCCGAAGUUCAAAUUAAGAGUGCCAAAGGAGUUUCAAAAGUCAGUUGAUGUUGCACUUAGCUCUACAGAGAGCGAGGCAGAUGAAGAGGACGAAGAGAACGACCCAACGGUUAAUGCUUCUGGUGAUAAGGGACAAAGCGAAAAAAUUCACUACAAUGUAACAGAUUCUACGAGAGGAUUUUUAGAUGAAAACGGUCUCUAUUUUAACGCGGAUGAACAUAGCGUUGCAAUUGCUGAUGGACUGGCAUCGUCACAAAAACGGAUCGACGACGAUAAUAGUCAAGAAAGUCGAUCGGUGGAUAAAGAAUGGAUGGACGGAACUAGCACGAACCUAGUUCGCAUACUUCAAGAAAUUGAACGCACUAAAUUAGAUAUCCAGCGCACAAAAGAAACACUGCAUCAUACACCAAAAGCGAAGCAAGAUGUAUCUGAUGAAGCAUUAACAACAUCAGACCAAAAUACACGUAACUGGACACCUACCCCGCCAACGUCACCAAAGCAAGCACGUUGUCCGACACCAGGUGAACCCGAGAAAGUCACCACUAGUCCCGUUAUAGAUGCAGUUACACCAGAGUUACUACCAGAAAACAACCAAACAUCACAUAGGAGAGAUUCUGCGGGAAGUGAUGUUAUGGAUAUUGAUGAGACAAUAACGGGAUCAUUGCCGCAACAACCCCCAAGAGAAACUGAGAAGCACUCGCAUAGCAUUGACGCAAGCAAUACAACCCAGGAAUUGAACACCUCUUCCGAGAGUAAUGCCACAAUAAACGUUUUGAACAGCAGCGCUGAUACAGCACCCAGUCCUAUUCUGCGAGAACAAUUAAUGGACGUUGAUCUUUCUCCAAUAAAACAAGAGCAGGAGUUGGGCAACAAAGACGAUAGACCGGCUGCAGAAAUUCCAGAGAAAAAUGAACAUAUGCAGUUAGAGUCUAUCGAAAUAAAAGAAAGUGUGCCUGCGGACGGAAUUGAAGUGGCCAGCGAGGAUAUUUUAGCUACCGAUUUGCAGCUCGAUCGUCCACUGGAAAAAAUGGAAAUUGUAGAAUUCAUUCGAACAUGUCUACGAGCUGUAUAUCCACUUUGUUUGUAUUGUAAUCAUGCGCGCCGAAUUGCCGUGAAUGGUCAAAGCCUUGUACUUCAUAUGCUUGCGCAACAUCGUUUCAAUGCUACUGUGGACAGCAUCACAGCAGAGGAGUUGAAACCAGAUACAAUUUGUGCUAAAAUGAAGACUUUCCUGCCAGUACUGGAAAAUGAAUUUUUUAAUUCAUCGAGCUACUGUACGAUGAGCGACGGCGCUUUCUCACAUAAUUUUAAUGAAAGGAUCUUUGAAUGUUUUCAGUGUCGGUUUGUCACAUCAACCCAUAAGGAACUGUAUUUGCAUAACAGAAAAAUGCACCUUAAAACCGCUAUACUUUGUUUCAUGUGCCGGGCGAAUUUUUUCAGUUUCAGUGAGAUUUUAUGUCAUAUUUGCCCAGGUGUUCCAAAUAAAACUCCUGUUUUCGAUGUAAAGUUCCGCUGUUGUCUUUGCGAUGUCGACAACAUCCCCUCACCUUUUCGUUUAAUGGUGCAUUUGCGUAAACGUCACUUUGCUUGCGAUGUGUGUUUGGAGGACUGCCGAGAUCAAGGGCGACUCUCGUCACACGUGUGGAAACAUAAGUUGCAUCAUCUGUGCUACCGUUGUGGCAUUGCAUACCGAAACAAAAUGGAUAUUACCAAACAUCUAUUUUGGAAACACGGCACCGAGAGUAUAAUUUGCAAGAGAUGUUUACAAAAGCGCUGGCGUCAUGUAUAUCACUUCUGUGUGCCACCGAUUACAUUUAAUUGUGAUGUGUGCAAUUUGUGUUUCUCAAAGGCUAUGUAUUUAAAGGUACACAAGCGUUUGCAUAGCGGCGAUUUACGUUAUCCCUGCACGGAGGAGAAUUGCGAUGAAAAAUUUAUCUCGCGCAAACUGCUACUAAAGCAUACCGCAUCACAUUUGCAAAAGGAGGUACAUGCAGCAGCUUUCGAACAAACCGCUAAUCACGAUACAGUGGACACAUUUAAGAAGAAGGAAGAAUCUGAGUUAGAGGGUAACAAUGAAAGAAGCAACGUCGACAUUGACCAUAAUAAUAAGUCGGAGAAUAUUAAUAUUAAAAAGGAAAUUACUGAGUCUAUUACCGAACCAAAAACACCUGUUAAGUGUGAAGAAAAUGAUAGUAACUAUAAAGUGGAUGCGGAAUGUAGGUCUGGCUCGGACGCUGAUGCCAAAAAUGUUGAUUUUCCGAAAGAAGAGAAAACAUCGCUUGAACAAGAUAAGAACGAAGAGACACCUCGCAAAAAGAAAAAAAAGAAUAAGCGAUCCAAAGAAUCUCUGGAAGAUUUGAACUUAAUUGCGCCGAAUCUUUCAGAGACAGAUAGUAGUGAAGAAUCGGAUGUAGACAGCAAAUCGAAAGGUGAUGAAGACUCACUCGUUCCUAAAGUGAUGUUAUCACCACCUUCCGAGGCUGAGAAUGACAUGGAAGAUCUCAAGACUUCUAAGCUGGAUGAAUGGCAAGGAAAGGGUGAAAAACAAUCUUCAUUUGAGGAUGCGGAAAAUGUUGAUUCUGCUGGCACUGGUAAAGUUUUGGAAAUUUGGAAAAACUUUUUACAAGCUCAACAAGGUGGCAACAACCAGGGUAUAGAUGCAGAAGCUGAAAUUAAAGCCGAGGCAUUUUACGACGAAGAUAAUUAUCCUACACCGCGUUUAUUACAUGUUGCGUACUCUGACCACGAUUAUUGCCAGAUGUUCCGUCCACCAUCUCCACCACCGAGUGCGCCAGUAAAGUCGAAUUGUCCUUUGCCAACGAAGCGCAAUAAAGUUUCUAAAUCACCACGACACAUAUCCAGUCACCGCUCUGCAUCAAGUUCAUCCAGCGACUCUAGUUCUAGCUCAGAUUCAAGUUGUUCUUGUGGCUCAAAUUGUUCAUGUAGUUCUAGUGGCAGUGAUAGUAGUUCGAGUAGCUCCAGUUCAGAUGAUAGUGAUUCAUCGCUAGCCUCGAACGCUUCACGUAAACGACAUCAUAAAAAAUCCGAACGCGAUCGUUUAAGAAAAAAGAGCGAAAGUGUUUCACCACUUAAGAAACAUUCAAAUUCGGAGACUAUAAACGUGGUGGACGAUGAUUUAGCAAACGAAGUAGUAGCGAAUACAAUUAAUGAACGCGCACCAUCCAUGCCAAAGGAGCCGCAAAUUUAUGAAUCAGAUUUAGAGACAGCUGAAUCAGAAACCGAUGAAGAGUUUUAUGAUGAACAUCCACAGAAGUUGGCUAGUGAGAUAUUAGCACAGAAACGAGCUCAAUUGAUGGCCCAAACUCGUUUGUCACCUUCGCAUAAUUUUGAUAUUGUGGAAAACAGUAGACCGUCCACUCCCUCGUUGCCUGAAGAUGUUGUUUGUGAAAAGACCCGGGUCAAACUAAAGAAGAAGAAACGUGAUCGGAAAUCGGGCAGCAAAACUAACUUAACUGUGAAUGCAACAUCAGCAGCCACGAAGGCGAAGAGUGAAAAAAAUAAAACGCUUAUUGAAACUGUAGCCCCAGUUCUUCUGAGUGGUAUAGAUAUUAAACCUUCUUAUAAGGUGGCACAAUCAUCAAAAACAGUUUCAGAGCCUCCAGUGGUACAGCAAAGCAAUAUAACAAUGUCAUAUGCUUCCUUAACAUUGCCGGCUGUGGAACAGUUGACACCGCGUCCGAUAACUUCAUCAUCACAUCUUCCUAGCAGGAUGAGUGAAGGUAGUAGCUGUUCUGAUGCAGACGGUUCCUUAAAGCGAUCGAAGCGCGCCCGCCGUCCCAAUAAAUUUUACGGCUACACCAGUGACGAUGAGAAUAGUGGUAUUAACUUGGGACAGCCUUUGAUGAUUGGCAUGCGUGCUAUCAAACCACAACCACCACCACAGCUGACGUGGCGAAAAGAAGAUUUGCCGACACCUUCAAAAAGCAUCCUAAAUUCAAAGAGUAAAACCGCGAGGACUCCAAAAACACCAGGAACAACAGUAAAUACUCUAUGCGGUGCAAUGUUGAACUCAUCUCCUUCUACUUCUUCAAAAAAGAAACGGUUAGCAGAAAAUUCUGAAAAGUCGUCGGCACGUAAGCGUCCCGCGAAGAAAGCAUCUUUGUUCAAUAUACUCCCGCCAAUACCAACACUUAAAAUACGGCCUUCGCAACUAGGCCUAAACAGUGAUGGUUCGGCUACUGGAAAUGAGCGUUUCCCAACUCCUCAAAUAUACUCAUCGAGUAAAGAUACCGAUGAUGAGGAUGAUGACAACAGCAGUGAUCCCUCCUCUGACGAAGAGACUGGGAUACACAGACAUGCCAAUUUAACGGCGUCAACAUCGAAUCAAUGGAAUACGAAUUCAGAAUUGACAACACUAGUCCCUGCUGUACAUACACAACAACCAACGGCGCCUGCCCCACAACCAGUCUUACAAACUCCACAAGCAACAGUGUUUAACCAUAAGAUACCACCAGCUCUGUUACCGAAUCCAAAUUUUGAAACACUACAGUAUUUCAAAGCCAACAAUAUACGUUAUCCUAUACGUCCGCCAGCUGGCGCUCGACAGGCUCGCGAAGGCGAAUCGGUAUACUGCUAUUGUCGCUGCCCCUACGACGAAGUAUCCGAAAUGAUUGCGUGCGAUGGCGAGAAUUGCCUAAUCGAGUGGUUUCACUUUGAGUGCGUGGGCAUCAUGGUGGCGCCCCAGGGCAAGUGGUUCUGCGCUGAAUGUCGUCCCAAAUAUUCUGAAGAGUUGUAUCCAACUGGAGGCAAUGUGUAAAUGUGAACGGAUUUGGUUGUUUUAACAGACCGGGAAUGAUUUGAAGUGAUAUAACAGAUAGAUUUACAUGAAGUCCUAAAUACGCUUAUUAAUUAAUAAUUUCUCUACUCUAAAUUUAACAAUAACAUUACACAGAAAAUCGAUUAAUAUUAGUGUUGUAGACUAAAUAUAUACAGAUUUUGGAGCUGUUUAAAA